AUGCCGAUUCAGCUGACGACAGCAUUGCGUGUGGUGGGCACCAGCCUGUUUGCACUGGUGGUGCUGGGUGGCAUCCUGGCAGCCUAUGUGACAGGCUAUCAGUUCAUCCACACAGAAAAGCAUUACCUGUCCUUUGGCCUAUACGGCGCCAUCCUGGGCCUGCACCUGCUCAUUCAGAGCCUGUUUGCCUUCCUGGAGCACAGGCGCAUGCGCAGAGCAUGGCGGCCCCUGAAGCUGCCGGGUGCGCGGCGGCGCUCAGUAGCACUCUGCAUCGCGGCCUACCAAGAAGACCCAGACUAUUUGCGCAAGUGCCUCCGCUCAGCCCAGCGCAUCGCCUUCCCCGAUCUCAAGGUGGUCAUGGUGGUGGAUGGCAAUCGCCAGGAGGAUGCCUACAUGCUGGACAUUUUCCACGAGGUGCUGGGCGGCACGGAGCAAGCUGGCUUUUUUGUGUGGCGCAGCAACUUCCACGAGGCAGGGGAAGGAGAGACCGAGGCCAGCCUGCAGGAGGGCAUGGAGCGUGUGCGUGCAGUGGUAUGGGCCAGCACCUUCUCGUGCAUCAUGCAGAAGUGGGGAGGCAAGCGUGAGGUCAUGUACACGGCCUUCAAGGCCCUUGGCGACUCGGUGGACUAUAUCCAGGUGUGUGACUCUGACACUGUGCUGGACCCAGCCUGCACCAUUGAGAUGCUUCGAGUUCUGGAGGAGGAUCCUCAAGUAGGGGGAGUCGGGGGAGAUGUCCAAAUCCUCAACAAGUAUGAUUCGUGGAUAUCCUUCCUGAGCAGUGUGCGGUACUGGAUGGCCUUCAACGUGGAACGGGCCUGCCAGUCCUAUUUUGGCUGUGUGCAGUGCAUUAGCGGGCCCCUGGGCAUGUACCGCAACAGCCUCCUCCAGCAGUUCCUGGAGGACUGGUACCAUCAGAAGUUCCUAGGCAGCAAGUGCAGUUUUGGGGAUGACCGGCACCUUACCAACCGAGUCCUGAGCCUUGGCUACCGGACUAAGUAUACAGCGCGCUCCAAGUGUCUCACAGAGACCCCUACUAAGUACCUCCGAUGGCUCAACCAGCAGACCCGCUGGAGUAAGUCUUACUUCCGGGAGUGGCUCUACAACUCUCUGUGGUUCCAUAAACACCACCUCUGGAUGACCUAUGAGUCCGUGGUCACAGGUUUCUUUCCCUUCUUCCUCAUUGCCACAGUCAUACAGCUUUUCUAUCGUGGCCGCAUCUGGAACAUUCUCCUCUUCCUGCUGACGGUGCAGCUGGUGGGCAUCAUCAAGGCUACCUAUGCCUGUUUCCUUCGAGGUAAUGCAGAGAUGAUCUUCAUGUCCCUGUAUUCCCUUCUCUAUAUGUCCAGUCUCCUGCCAGCCAAGAUCUUUGCCAUUGCUACCAUCAACAAGUCUGGCUGGGGCACUUCUGGCCGAAAAACCAUUGUAGUGAACUUCAUUGGCCUUAUCCCUGUGUCCAUCUGGGUGGCGGUUCUUCUGGGGGGGCUGGCCUACACAGCUUAUUGCCAGGACCUAUUCAGUGAGACUGAGCUAGCCUUCCUUGUCUCUGGGGCCAUCUUGUAUGGCUGCUACUGGGUGGCCCUCCUGAUGUUGUAUCUGGCUAUUAUUGCACGGCGAUGUGGGAAGAAGCCAGAACAGUAUAGCUUAGCUUUUGCUGAGGUGUGA